GGAACAGGAAGCACAGGCAGCGUCAUGUGACGUAGGAAAAAAAUAUAUGGUGGAUCUGACGGCAUCAUGGAGAUUGCAGAGCUCCUGAGGAUCCUUGUGUUUGCAUGCCUGCUAGCUAUAGUACAAGCUCCAACUCAUAACAUAUGCGGGCAUUUAAAUUCCGACAUCACGUUGUCUUUUGCAUCUUUGGGUAUCAAGAGUGAAUUCAAGCUUACGUCCCCCAAAAAAGACAUGCUGAUUGCAAAGACUGAAAAUGGCAAAGUGACUUUCAUAUUGAAGGACAAAUACGAGCUUCGUGAUAAUGGGACGGAAGUGGUCAUAGCAAAUGUGAAUGAAGAUGAUGCUGGAAGAUACACAGUUGACAUUACUUUAAAUGAAGAUGGUGAAAUGAGAACUGAGACCUUUAACGUCACCAUUUGUGGUGGUGACCAAGAUGAUAAGUCUUCAUUUUCAACUUCAUCUUCUUCGGUUCCAAAUACACAAAGGACACAUAGAUGGAUAAUCAUAGUCUCCUUCAUAUCGGUGUUGAUAUUAUCUGUGGUGGUGUUGUGGAAGUGUUGGAAGUGGUCAUCAGACUCAAGUGGACAAGGUGAUCCGAAUAAUGAAGACCACGUGAAUUUUCCCAUUCAAGAAACAGGUGACCAGAAUAAUGAAGACCACGUGAAUGUUCCCAGUCAAGAAACAUACACUGAAAAAUCUUCAUUUAUCAAUAUCCAUCAAGGAAAGUCUGAAGUCAAAGACCAAGAAGAUGAUGAGCUCCGUAUAGAAUCAACUGGAACAGAGAAGAUCAUCGUGUCUUCCUCUCUUUAUUAGGCUUUUUAGGAUAUGGAUAAUGUUUUUGCUGCCUAGGCCACUGGUUGAACCGUUUAAACAGUCCUAAGAUUUCCCACAAGGCACAUAUUUUUAAAGACUUUGAGAAUGAAAGUUUUUUUACUUUGCACCUUUGACUAAGUGGAAGAGCAUACACAGAUAACCAUUUCAAAGAUGUUCAAACUAGUUUAGUGCUCUCAUUAAAGGGGUUGUCCGGGUGUGGAGCUUAACCCGGACAUAGCCAUAAUUUCACCCAGGCAGCCCUCUCUGACAUGAGCAUCGAAGCAGUUCAUUCUCUCCCUUGCCCUGCGCAGGAUAGAGCAGAGCAAGGGCUCUUUUAUUUACUAUAACAAGGCUUCCGCCCGG